ACGGUCUGGAUUGUCUUGUGGCCCCGGUUAGCUAACAACAACACGACCUUUGAGAUUGCCAACCCCGUUUGAAUGAAUGCCGUCCAGAUUCAGGCUUUAGCAUGUCACGAUUUGCCACGAGUAACCUGUGCCGUAUUUGGACGAGAGGAGUGUUUGGCAGGCCGUUGUCGUGUUUAUCUGUUACCGGAGUUCGGGAUUUUUGCAGCGGAGUCUCGCGACUGGACCGCGCUGGCAGUGACAGUGCACGCGCUGUCAGCCCUGUUAACCUGACGUACGAUGUGUUUGAUGGGAAGGGAGACAGCACACCAUUGGUGUUUCUACAUGGUUUAUUUGGGAGCAAGUCCAACUUUCACUCCAUAGCCAAGUCCCUGGUUCAGCGGACAGGAAGGAAGGUGCUGACAGUAGAUGCUCGUAACCAUGGCAAAAGCCCGCACAGUCCUGUCCUGACCUACGAAGCAAUGACCUGUGAUCUGACACAUCUGCUUGGCCAGCUGCACAUUGGGAAGUGUGUCCUGAUUGGACACAGCAUGGGGGGAAAAGUUGCAAUGACGACAGCCCUGUCUCAGCCUAGUUUAGUGGAACGUCUGGUUGUUGUUGACAUUAGCCCCUCUACGACCUCCGUCCACAGCAGUUUCCAUGGCUACAUUCAGGCAAUGAAAGAAGUAAAGAUAGCCAGCAACAUCCCACGUUCCACAGCACGUAGACUGGCCGAGGACCAGCUCAGAAAGCUAGUUAAGGAGCGUUCAGUUCGUCAGUUCCUCCUCACAAACCUGGAGGAGCAAAAUGGCGAGUACAGCUGGAGGAUUAACCUGGAGGCCAUCUCAAACCACCUAGAGGACGUCAUAGGUUUUCCUGAAUUUAACACCACUUAUGAGGGCCCUACACUUUUCUUGGGUGGCAGUAGUUCAGCCUACAUAAGCUCAGAGGAUUACCCUAAAAUCCAGCAGCUUUUUCCCUGUGCAGAUAUCCAGUAUAUCCCAGAUGCCAGUCACUGGAUUCAUGCUGAUAAGCCAUUGGAUUUCAUCAGCUCCAUAAUAACUUUCCUACAAUCAUAGUCCAUGUCUGAGGAGGAGGACAUGUACUGUACAGGUGGGCCCAAUGAGAAACGGACACUGAAUGAAGGGUAUGGGUGUGGACCAUGCUGAUUUUCAAAUAGUCCCGUACUUUAAAAUGCACAACUGGACAGUUAUAUUGUUAGGUGUAUUCAUGUUUCAAUGUUGUUUCUUAGCUUAGUACACUGAGUACAGUUUCAUUAAGAGGAUAUAUAGAAAUAUAUAUAUAUAUAUAUAUAUAUAUAUAUAUAUAUAUAGCAGCAAUCUUGUCAUUAGUUUAAAAUGAGAAUAUUCGUUUGUAGCUUCUAAAUAUUACUUAUGUUACAGAACAGUAAAUCCAGUGGCUUGUUUUUGAAUAUCUUAGCUGCAUAAUUCACUAUUUGACAAUUAGACUAGACUGAUAUUUUCAGUUUGUUUUUAAUUGUUUUAACUUCUUUUAAAGUUUGUUUUGUUUUUAUGUUUUUUGGCCAACAUGUUGUUGACAUGGACAUACUUGCGCUGUGCUCUAAUAAGAAAUAUAAAGAUGUCUAUGCAAAAUAUGCUAUGUGAUGUUCUCUAAGGUUGGUCUUUAGAAUGUUUUAAUAACAGUUAAUGUUAAGCUGUGUUAAUUAAAGCAGUUUUGUAAUGUGUUACUUAACUGUUGGAAUAAAGCUGAGGUACUGUAAUGUAACUCAAAUGGAUAACCUUAGGAGUUAUGCUGUGAGGUACUACACUCCCAUUCUGUUUGCAGGUUCAGCAGCACUGUUUUUCUAGAAAACAGUUUUAUUUUUGACCCCUUUUCUUGCAAGCCAGAUUCAACCCUUAUGCAUGUUUAUUUUUUAUUCAUCGUAGUUAAUGUAUAAACAGAUCAACUACAUGCAUGUAGCCCACAUGUGAUAUAAUGUCUGUUUAGUUGCUUUUUCAAACUUGUACCUCUUAGAUACUGCAUAGCUGUGAUGUUUUGUAUCAUGUACGUUAGUGUGAUUUAAAGAGAGAACAAUGUGCCUACCUCUGCACACUUUUUCUUUUUAGCUUGCUAGGAUUGUUCCUGUUCUGGUUGACAGUUUUUGAAAUACCAAAGCAGGGGUUUAUGGGAAACUUUUCCUCGACUAGUGGUGGCUAACAAUGAGUGCGUUUACAUGCAUGUUCUUACACCGAUUAUGCUUAACAAGCCGACAUCACGUGCGGUCAUGUAAACGCAAUAAACCGUGUUCCUUUAUCGGCAUCAAGGUCAUAAAUAGGUUAUGAAUAACCCGAUCAACACAGGUAGAUUUUUGCCCAUUACGCCAAUUUCACAUGCCAUGUAAACACCUUACACAGUGUUCUUACUGGCUCAUCCAAUAUGCGCACGUGUUGAGCGCAUGCCUCUACACGGUUUGAUGUAGAGAAUAACACGAUUAUUUCAAAUGUCACGUAAACGCGGAUUUGUUGCCUUGUCAGAUUUUUUAAAUAAGCUUAUUUUAGAGAGUAAUCAGCGUAUUGGUGUGCAUGUAAACGGGCUCAUUGUGUGUGGCAUAAAAUUGGGAGCAUAAAUAUACAUGUUUGAAAAUGGACAAAAUCUAAUUGUUGACUUGCAUACACUCCAAAAAAUAUUUUUGCCUGUUUUUAAGAUUUAUGCAUUUCAAUUUCAAAACAAAAUUCCAUCAAAUUAAAUUGUGUAAUUUUUUAACAAAAUUAAUACAACUUAAAAUAUUUAGUUUUUUAUUUUUAAUUUUGUUAAAGAUUACUCAAUUCAAUAUGAUGAAACUGAAAUGCGUAAAUCUUAAAAUUAUUUUGAGUGUACAUUUAUGUAGAAUAAAUGUAAACGUACUGUUUUUGGCAGCUCGGUUUAAGAACUGCCGUUACAAGGGGAUAUUUUUGUUAAUUUCGAAAGUUUCAAUGUUUGUACAUGAGUAGUUUGUAUGUCUAUAAACUUCUGUAUUUAAAUGUAUAAUAUACUAAACAUAUUUAUUACUACUGUAUCUUAAUACUCAAGAAAUAUGCUGCAAAAUUACUUACUUUAAAUGACAGUGCGUGUUCUCUCAUGUCAGUUUCUCCACUCAUGUAAUUAUUGUAUGGAAUGUGUAUGGUGAAACACCAGAGACCUGUCUGUUGUGACUGAUUUGUGUGUGUUUACAUAAAAAUGUAUCCUUCAGAAUUAGCUUUUUAAAACUAAAAGUUUAUGCCAGGUAUUAUCAGCAGUGCUAGUGCAUUGUCUCUUGCCAGCUAUGUUUAUCCUGUAUGAUUAAAUACAGUGACUUGGGUCUUUAUUGGCCCAAGGAAACAAAGAAAUCAGUCUUUUCUUUUAAUGAGAUAAACGAUUUUCCCUAGUACUUUUAGCAAGUCAGUGGAUUGUUUUAUAAAGCUAAAUCAGUGUAAGAGAAAUCAUUGGAAACAUUAGAUAUCUCCUCAGCAAUUUAUUAACAAUGAGAAUAUGGUGUAUUUUAUUUCAAAAUUCUGCUUUGGAGUAGCACUUUGAUCUUAGAUGUCAAUGAAUGUUAAAGAAUAGAACUAUAUGUGAAUGUGCACUUUUGCAAUACUAAAAAGACCAAUCAAAUAAGAACCUAAUGCACAAACAUCUAUGAUACUGUGUAUACACUAACCAGUGCUGUCAAUGCUGCAUUUACUUAGCUUGUUUACAGAAUACUGUGUAGCAGUUGUAUUUUGAAAGUGAUUAGACUUUAUCAUGGCACUCACAGUAUUUGAUAUAUUUUCAUUAAACAAUGUAAUUCCUAUAGUAUUUGAGUAAAAUAUUAUUUGGCUUCAUGCAGUAUUGUUUGUUUGAAGUGGAGGUGUGUAUUGUUUCUAUUUGGUACAUGGUGAAAAUGGCUCUUUGUUCUAUAGUUUUAAUGUCUCUGUAUCUGUGUGCAGAUGUGUCACUACUCAAUAAAUGUACAAGUCUCCAACCUGA